GUUGAAACGCAGAUUUUUUUUAUUUAUAUCAAAUGAUACAACCACUUUUUAUUUUUUGUUCUUUCUUUUUCUCUCUUUUGUUUUUUACAUUUCUUUUUCUUUAUUAACGUGUACAUGGCUUCUUCAGAUAACAAAAACUUGAGACUCUUGGUUGUCUCUAACAGAUUGCCUGUAACUGUCAACAAGGACCAAAAGACAGGUGAAUAUGACUUCAAGAUGUCUUCUGGUGGUUUGGUUGCUGCCCUUAGUGGUCUUAAGAAGAUGAUGUCCUUUACAUGGAUUGGUUGGCCAGGCUUGGAUGUUCCGAGUGAAGAUAAAAAAGUCCUUGAAGAAAGAUUAUUGAAUGAAACUUCUACUAUGCCUGUCUUUGUUGAUCAUGAAUUGGCUGAUCUGCAUUACAAUGGUUUCUCUAACAGUAUUCUCUGGCCUCUUUUCCACUAUCACCCAGGAGAAAUCUCUUUCAAUGAAGAAUGGUGGGAAGGCUACCAAAAAGUAAACCAGUUGUUUGCUGAAGCCAUUGAUAAGAUUGUUCAAGAUGGUGAUCUUGUUUGGAUUCAAGAUUACCACUUGAUGCUCUUGCCUGCCAUGUUGAGAAAACUCACCAAGAAGAACAUCAAGAUUGGUUGGUUCUUGCACACACCUUUCCCCAGUAGUGAAAUUUACAGAAUCCUACCUGUUCGUAAAGAAAUCUUAUUGGGUGUUCUUGAGAGUGACCUUUUGGGUUUCCAUACUUAUGACUAUGCUCGUCAUUUCUUGUCCUCUUGUACACGUAUCUUGGGUCUCUCUACUAUGCCUAAUGGUGUAGAGUUUGAAGGUCGAUAUAUUCAUGUUGGCACUUUCCCUAUCGGUAUUGAUCCUGAAAAGUUCUCAGACGCACUCAAGGAAGAUAAGAUCCAAAACCGCAUUCAACAACUCAAGAACAGAUUCGGCGACUGCAAAGUGAUUGUCGGUGUUGAUCGUCUUGAUUAUAUCAAGGGUGUACCUCAAAAGAUGCAUGCUAUGGAAGUGUUCUUGAGUCAGCAUCCUGAAUGGGUAGGUAAGGUCGUACUUGUGCAAUUGGCCAUUCCUUCUCGUGAAGAUGUGGAAGAAUAUCAGCAGUUGAGAAGCACUAUCAAUGAACUUGUGGGUCGUAUCAACGGCCAAUAUGGUACUGUUGAAUUUGUGCCUAUUCACUUUAUGCAUCGUUCUAUUCCUUUUGACGAACUGGUUGCUCUUUACGCGGCUGCUGAUGUCUGCCUUGUUUCUUCUACUCGCGAUGGUAUGAACUUGGUAUCCUAUGAAUACAUUUCUUCUCAACAAGACAAACAUGGCGUCUUGAUCUUGUCUGAAUUUGCUGGUGCUGCUCAAUCCCUGAAUGGUUCUAUUAUUGUCAACCCCUGGAACACAGAAGAACUCGCUAAUGCUAUUCAUGAAGCCGUCACUAUGCCAGAAGACAUCCGUAAAGCCAACCAUCAAAAGUUGUAUCGUUAUGUCACAAAAUACACAGCUGCUUAUUGGGGUGUUAGCUUCGUGAACGAAUUAAGACGUGUCAGCGAAGAAUUUGGUCAACGUAUGUCUAUUCCUCGACUCGACUCUUCUGCUGUCAUUGCUAAAGCCAAGGCUGCCAAUAAAAAGAAGCUUGUCUUGCUUGAUUAUGACGGUACACUUACCACUACACACAAAUUACCUGAAUUUGCGAAACCCUCUCAAACUGUCUUGGGUCACCUCAAGACACUUGCCUCUCAACCAGACACUUAUGUCUACAUCUUAUCAGGUCGCUCUCGUCACCACUUGGACAGCUGGUUUGAAUCCACAGGUGCCGGUCUCUCUGCUGAACAUGGUUGCUUCUAUAAACACCCUGCUAGUAUUCGCGAUAAAAUCAAUCCUGUUGCUGCUUCUACUGAAGGUAAACUCAUCAAGGAAGAAGAUAACAAGUGGUACUGUCUUGUAGAACAAGUCGAUCCUAGCUGGAAAGAAACCAUUCGUCCUCUCUUCCAACACUACACAGAACGUACACCUGGUUCUUUUAUUGAAGAAAAGGAAAUCAACUUGACUUGGCAUUAUAGAAACGCAGAUCCUGAAUUUGGUUCUUGGCAAGCUACAGAAUUGCAAGUCAACUUGGAAAAGUUACUGAGUCAUAUGGCACUCUCCAUUGUGCUUGGUAACAAGACUUUGGAACUUCGUCCUUCAUCUAUUGACAAGUCAACAGCUGUUCGUAAUAUUCUCAAGGAUUUGGAUCUUGCCAGUGUUGAUUUCAUUCUGUGUAUUGGUGAUGGCAAGACUGAUGAAGUUGUGUUCUCUCUUUUGAACGAAAUUCCUCAAGCCAUCACAAGUACAGUGGGAAAGAAGCAGACUGAAGCUCAUCAUUAUAUCCCUGAUGUGGAACAAGUUAACAGUCUUGUAGAAGCUCUUGGUCAAAUUUAAAUUGUAAUAAAGAAACAAUGCA